GUGGCCUCUCCCGUUGCGGAGCACAGGCUCCGGACGCGCAGGCUCAUUGGCCAUGGCCCACGGGCCCAGCCGCUCCGCGGCAUGUGGGAUCCUCCCAGACCGGGGCGCGAACCCGGUUCCCCUGCAUCGGCGGACGGACGCGCAACCACUGCGCCACCAGGGAAGCCUCUGUCCCCUUGAUUUUUUUUUUCCUUUUUGCUGGAGCGUGUUAAAGCAGGUCCCAGACAGCUUACCAGCUAGUAAUAAUAAUAAAAAUCAUAUUCAUAAGGAUUGUUUUUUUGCAUCUCCACAAUGCUGUCAUCACUCUUAACACAGUUAACAGUAGUUCUUAGUAUCACCGAAUAGCCAGAAUCACAUCCAGCCUGGCAAAGUAUUUAAAAAUAAGCCACAGGCAUUUUAGCGUUACACACGUGAGCAUAUUCUUUGUGUGGAUGUGUGAAUGGCCCGGGUGGGACAGGCAGCCACUGGGGGAUGACGGGUGUGGGGGGGAGCUGAGCUGUCCCCUUGACCCUUUCAGAUGACAAGGACAAGAUGAGCAGCAAGCACCAGCUCCUCACCUUCGUCUCCCUGCUGGAGACCAACAGACCGUACCUGUCCCUCCUGCUGUUCAGCCGGUCCCUGGACACCAGUGGUGACUGUUGCCGUCUGGUGGCCGACGGCUGGCUGGAGCUCCAGCUUGCGGACAGUGAGAGUGCUGUCCAGCUCCUGGCGGCUUCCCUGCGGCUCCGGGCCCGCUGGGAAAGCGCCCUGGACCGGCAGCUGGCCCACCAGGCCCGGUGGCGGCUAGAGGACAAAGAUGAGGAGGAGGAGGCCCCAGUCAACCGCAGGGAGGUGGCGGCCCUGAGCAGGGAGCUGCUGCAGUUCACGGCGUCCAAGGUUUCCUACAGCCUCCGGCGGCUCACAGGGCUGGAAAUCCAGAACCUCUACGUGGGACCCCAGACCAUCACUGCUGCCCCCAGCCUCCCUGGCCUCUUUGGCUGCUCUACCCCGUCCCCCCAUCCCACCAAAGGGGGCUACGCAGUCACUGACUUCCUCACCUACAGCUGCCUCACGAGCGACGUGGACCUGUACGGCGACUGUCUCCGCACCUUCUGGACCUGCCCCCGCUGCGACCUGCACAUGCCCCUCACGCCCUUGGAGCGCAUCGCCCACGAGAGCACCUGCCCCGAGGCCCCACAGGACGGUCCCCCAGGGGCCGAGGAAGCUGCCCCCGAGCCCCUCCAGAAGGCAUCCGCCCUGCAGAGGCCCUACCACUGCGAGGCCUGCCAGAAGGACUUCCUGUUCACACCCACGGAGGUGCUGCGGCACAGGAGGCAGCAUGUGUGAGCCCAGCCAGUCCUGGACCAGGACCAGGGCCAGGGCUCCCGCCCAAGCCCCCAGCCUAGACGCGGAGCUGUGGUCUGGGCCCAGACCCGCAGGGAGGGAGCAUAAAUGUGUGAAUAAAGUCU